AUGCGAGCUCAGUCUCGGCUGGUGGAAGCUGCCCAGGCUACGGAAUCGGCCUCCCCACACCUGAUGGAGAAGAACGCCAAGGUCUCCACACCUGAUGGAGAAGAACGCCAAGGAGCAGUUCCGCAGGCAGAAGCCACAGAGUUGGCUCAGGUUGCCCGGCCGCUAAGGGGGCGGAGCUCGCUGACUGGACUUCGCGAGGACCUGGCAUUCCUGUGUCUGCUCUCAGCCCAGGGCCUGGGCCUACGGCUGCGCUCGGCCCGCCACGUCGGGGCCGCCGCGCCUCUGGUCCAGGGCAAGGAUCUCGGAGGACGCGGGCUUUACCGCAGCCGCCUUGCUGCGGAGGCCCGCACGGCUCGCGGGCCAAAGAAGGCCGCCAGCACCCCUCGCCCCCAGGACUCCCCGCUUCGCCCUGAGCCUCGGCUGCCCGCGCCUGCCGCUGGCCCGGCCCUGCUGCUGCUGCUGCUGCCCGCCGGCUGCCCGGUGCGGGCGCAGAACGACACGGAGCCCAUCGUGCUGGAGGGCAAGUGCCUGGUGGUGUGCGACUCCAGCCCCUCGGCCGACGGCGCGGUCACCUCCUCGCUGGGCAUCUCCGUGCGCUCCGGCAGCGCCAAGGUGGCCUUCUCCGCCACGCGGAGCACCAACCACGAGCCGUCGGAGAUGAGCAACCGCACCAUGACCAUCUACUUCGACCAGGUAUUAGUAAAUAUCGGCAACCAUUUCGAUCUCGCCUCCAGUAUAUUUGUAGCUCCGAGAAAGGGGAUUUAUAGCUUCAGCUUCCACGUGGUCAAAGUCUACAACAGACAAACCAUCCAGGUCAGUCUCAUGCAGAACGGGUACCCAGUGAUCUCAGCCUUUGCGGGGGACCAGGACGUCACCCGGGAGGCCGCCAGCAACGGCGUUCUGCUGCUCAUGGAGAGGGAAGACAAGGUGCAUCUCAAGCUGGAGCGGGGCAACCUCAUGGGGGGCUGGAAGUACUCCACCUUCUCCGGCUUCCUGGUGUUCCCCCUCUGAGGAGCCUGGAGCCUGGUGGCCCCGGAAUCCGCCCCCGAGGCCCUGAACUUGUCCGAACAGGACACCUGGUUUCCAGCCUCCACCGGACUGCUGGCGCAGAGGACGCGCCCUGUCUGCAUCUCCAGUGUCCUCUGGCCACCGGCCAUUCCUCGGGCACCUGGCCUCCGAUGAGUUCUAGACGACAAGGUCUUCGGGAGACUCAGAGGAUCGAUUUGAGCAAAUCUGUACCUGUGAUUGUAAAGUCAAUAUCGGCUUUUAUUGUGGGGACCAGUCACUCUUAUUUUGUCUGUGCGUGCUGUUGUUGCCCCCCAGGGGAGCCGCCGCCCCAGGAGGACAGACGGCAGCUGGGGCCAGAGCCUGCGUGUGGGCCUGCGGCCGCCCUGGGACUGUGCUCUCCGCGUGUGCUGAGGUCUGUGCAGCCUUAAGAACCAGAGCGGCGCCGCCCGCCACCUGCUGCCUGAGCCCUGGGCGGCCUGGGGGCGGCGCGACACCCGUCAAGAAGUGCUUUACCUGGAGAAGCAAGUUUUGCACUUGGACUGCGACUUUAGUUUUGUAUUGUUUGCGUGUGUGUGGUUUUACUUUUACCCAAAAAAGCUUUACGCCCCACAAGCACACACUCAGCUCUCCCUCCUCAGCCGUAUUUCUUUUGUGUGUGUGUGUGUGUGUGUGUGUGUGUGUGUUAAACUCCUGGAUGAGACCAAAUCAAACAAAAAAUACUGUGCAUUAUUGUUUUGGAUGAGUGCAAACCAGAAAAAUGGUACUUGGCCAUCAAAGUAAAAGUGAGAAAUGGACAAUUCUGCUAAUUCUUUCCAAGACACUCUCUCCGACGCACCUGCAUUUCUGGGUCUGGCUGGCACUCCGGAAUACUCUAGAACCUGACACUACUGGUGGCCAAGUCACAUCGGACGAGGGGGUCGAAGUCACCGAGUCCUGGGCCACUGGGCGCUGGGCUGCCGGGGACGUCCCAGCAGUGUUUCCCGGUAUUGGUCUCCACCUCUGGGUGAACACGGGGGUCAGGUGUUUCGAAGACAGCAGGCCAGCUCCUGCCCCUCUGCACCCUCUAAUCUGCCACGGAAGGAGGUUCGCAGCACUGGCCUUUCAGCCCGGCGCCUCUGGAGCCCCUGAAGUUCCAGGCCGUGGUGAUGGUGUCCUCGGAGGGCUUCUCACGCCCUUCCCGUCUGGCGCCUUGUACAGUAUUAUGGAAACACAGCUGGGGUCGGGCGGCGCAGGACUCGUCUGCUGAGGAAGCGGCGCGAAUCCCAAAGCAAUCAAAGAAGAGACCUCAAACCGGAUGUCAGUUUGUCCUUUGUGUAACAAUGUAACCCAAAUAUUGAUGCUACAAAGUUAUGAUUUAAGAAUCAGAAUAAAUGGGUUUGUUGUCUGGCUUGCUCCUCCCUGUCUUCUCCUAACUUUCAGAAUGACUGAAAGUGAAGAUCAGGCAUCAGGACUUGGGGCCCCCAUUGCCUGGACCCCCUGAGAAAAUACACACAUGAACACACAUCUGCAGAAACAGUGGCAGCCAGGGCCUGGGGGUUUGUGACACUGAAAUGCAUUUCAGUGCAGACACAUUUUCAGGGGCUUCCUGGGGAGAAGCUACGUGCAGCUCUAAAAAAGGCUUCAUGGAUUGGCAAUAUGCUUUUAUCACUUAACAUCAUUGAUGUAGAUACAAGUUCCCAUCCACUAUUCCAAUCAGAACACUAAUAUAAAGGAAACACAUUUGAAGAUGGCAUCUGGGUCUCUAAGAUGUUUGCGGAAGCAUUAGGUCCCGUGAGCAACAAAAGAAAAAGCAGUUUGAAAGGAGUUUGACGAAAGGUUUUAGUUUCUGGCCUUAGAUAAAGAGUGUAAGGGGUGCAGCAUUUAAUUUGAAUCAAAACACUGCUCCUUUUUUGGUAAGGAACAACAAGACCGUGAAGUAUUCAUUAAAGAGAGUUCGGGGUAUUUUGGCUGGGAGCAGCUGACACUAGCGAGAUGUUUAUGAGAGCUGGUAACUCACAGCAGGACGUUGGCCAGUGUUUCCUCGCUUUGAUCGCCCAUGUGACUUUGUUCUCUGUCCCUCAUUCCUAAGCCCUUCUGUUCCAUUUAAAACAAACAAAUCUUAAGCCAGCACUUCAGAGACUGAGAGAUGUACGAGUAUUUGCUAUUUUUAUUGCUUACUAAUAUGUAAAACACCGUUCUUUGUAUUUACGACUUUAUUACACACAGGCUGUCAUUUGGUUAUACUGUCUAAUAAAUAAGUUAUUAAAUUGCCAA